CGCCGCGCACGCGCAGGGCCGGCGGCGCGCGCCGAGCGGGGGGCACCGCGCGGGUGCAGCCACGAUGGAAGGGGGUGCGUACGGAGCGGGCAAAGCCGGGGGCGCCUUCGACCCCCACACCCUGGUCCGGCAGCCGCACACCAUUCUGCGCGUCGUGUCUUGGGUGUUCUCCAUCGUGGUGUUCGGCUCCAUCGUGAACGAGGGCUACCUCAACAGCAACUCGGGGGGCGAGAAGUUCUGCAUCUACAACCGCAACCCCAACGCCUGCAGCUAUGGUGUGGCCGUGGGCGUGCUCGCCUUCCUCACGUGCCUGCUCUACCUGGCCCUGGACGUGUACUUCCCCCAGAUCAGCAGCGUGAAGGACCGCAAGAAAGCCGUCCUGUCCGACAUUGGGGUCUCAGCCUUCUGGGCCUUCCUCUGGUUCGUGGGCUUCUGCUUCCUGGCCAACCAGUGGCAGGUGUCCAAGCCCAAGGACAACCCGAUGAAUGAAGGGACAGAUGCGGCCCGGGCCGCCAUCACCUUCUCCUUCUUCUCCAUCUUCACGUGGGCGGGCCAGGCCGUGCUGGCCUUCCAGCGGUACCAGAUUGGCGCCGAUUCGGCUCUCUUCUCCCAGGACUACAUGGACCCCAGCCAGGACUCCAGCAUGCCUUAUGCCCCCUACGUGGAGCCCAGCGCCGGGCCAGACCCCGCCGGCCUGGGCGGUACCUACCAGCAGCCGACCAACGCCUUUGACACCGAGCCCCAGGGCUACCAGUCUCAGGGCUACUGAGCUGCAGUGACCACCUGCCCCUCGCCUGUCCCCUGCCCCAGUCCCAGCUGCCCCCCCCCCCGCCCUUUGCCCUCCUGCCCACUCCCAGACCCCUGCUCCCUCCCAGGCUGCCCUGCCCAGCACCUCAGGAGACUCUGGGUUGUUCCCCUGAGGCCCAGGGCAGCUCAGGGUGGGAUGGGGCCGUAGGGUGUUGGGUGGGGGCGCAUCUCCACAUGUGUGCAAGUCUGUCCAGCAGGGGCUGGGGGCGUUUGCAUUCAUGCAUGGUGUCACUGAGCAUUCAUGGAGUGCCUACUGCAUGUCUUGACACUGGUGGUGAGAGACCAGGGGUCCCGGGAAGGGCGAAGAUGAGGGACAGAGGAGCCCCGGAGGUGGAAAUCGGUGUGAAAGAUAGACCUGGGUGAUGCUGGGAAGGUUUGGCUCCAGGGUGGGUGGGAACACCUGCAGGACAUCAGGGGCUGUCACCCAGCCCUACUACGAGCAUGGGGGCUGUCUCCAUUUUAUGUUGAGGACACUGAGGCCUGGAGAGGUCAAGGUCCCUUGCCCAGGGUCACUCAGGCAGCCAGUGAUAGAGUUGGGGCCAAGCCCCAGCCACCUGACCGGAGAGCACCUGCUGUCCCCUGUCCUCCCUGCCUUCCCCAUCCCUGAGCCUGGGGCUCCACCGCUCAGUGCUUCUGUCACUCUGGGAGGCCUUGGGGACAUCAGCCCAUGAUAUAACCCUGAUUCUGCUGCAAGCCAGGGGCCCGUUCUGCCUCCAGGCCCCUCUCCCCACAUCCCCACCGGCCCCUCCCCCAGCCUCCAGUCAGGGUGGGAGGGCUAAGGGGCUCGCCUCACUCGCUUGUUUCCCCAUGUACUGCUCCAUGCUGUGCGUGCCCCACCGGGAGCUCCAACACCCUCUUUGUGGCCUCCCAAAGGACUGACCAUUGUCCCUGCCCAGGGCUGGGUGGACGAGGAGGCCCAGAAUGGGGAGCGACCGGCCCAAGGUCACACUGAAUAAGUGGCAGAGCUGGGCUUGCUGCCUGGGUUUCUUGGCCCCAGCCACCCAGCAGGUGCCCCGAUUCCCUGCCCUGCCCUUGUGACCUCCCAGGAAACAGAACUGAUCUGGGACACUGUGUCAUCUUUCCCUCAGCCAGGGUAAGCCAGGGUCUCAGGGGCUGGAACAGCCAAGGGCAUGGAGAGUCCUUCCACUGGCCUUCCAGAAGAUCUGAUGAGAGGACAGUCUCUCUGGGAGUCAGAGGAGAGAGAGCAGGGGCUCUGGAGCCAGCAAGGCCAGCCUUCCACCUGCUGCCAUGGGACACACUGCUCCCAAGGUGAACGCUGAGGGCCCCUGGUGCGCGGUGGGCUGGGGGAGGCGGUGGGCCGUAGCAGAGACUGUAGCAGGUGUCUCCAAAGGCACAAGGAGGGUUGGGGGCAGGGAGGGACUCUUGCACAGGUGGACUCUUCACUGAACCUUAAAGGACGGGGAGGUCUUAAAGGAGAGAGAGAGAGGUGUGGGGAGACAUGGGGCUCCGCGUCCACUGGCCAGUGACCUGGGGAGCAGGGCCAGGGGAUCGUGGCUUGGCACCGUGCUGGAUGUUCCCACCACCAGCACCCCAUGCCCCCACGAGAACCCUCAGAGGCAGGUGAUACUCACUUGCCCUUGGACUCAGCAGCUAUCCUGUGCCAGAAGGCAUGCAAGCUGGCCGUCCAGAGAUGAGCACCAAGCCAACCUCUGUACCCAGGGUCCACCACCUCUGGCGGACUUGCCAAGGGAUGCGGCGCCCCUAGGAGGGGCCAGGAGGAUGGGCAGCAGUUAGCACGGCGGUGAGGGAAGGAGGAGUUUCCUAGGUUGAGAAGCAGCGUUGUUGUCCCCACUUAACAGAAGGGGAAACUGAGGCUCAGAGAGUGUAAACGACUUAGCAGUGGAGCAUGGAUCUGAACUUAAGCCUGUUCAAGUCCUCAUAAGGGGCAGCAGAGACCGGAGAGAACCCCAGACAGCUGAGCAACAACUGGUCUUUGUGGACUUCAAUUUUCCACAUCUGGGGAAGGGGCUCUGUCUCUGGUACCCCCGCCCCCCCCCAGUAGCUCAAGUGGGGAUGGGAUGGGGUUGUGGCAUCUACCAGGCCAAGCAGCACAGCCUGUACCAGACCAGGUUGGCAAAGCAGGUAAGGGUGUGGGUGAUUGUGGGUGCGCUUCUGGCAAAGUGAAGCUCUGUGCCCAUGCAGGAGGCUGAGAGAGGUCCUCCCCGCUCCCACUCCCCACCAAACACCUCCCCUGCCGAUGGACACCAGGAGACCCCAGGGUGCUGCCCGUCCCUUCUCCCUGGGCACCGACCAGCUGCUUGUGAUACCGAGCUGGAGGGCAGGCUACCACUUAAGCUUCACCGAUCCCCUGGGUGUUUCUUAUAGACGCUCCCUGCCACCCCAGACCAGGAAAGUUUACAGGACCCCUCCAGGAGGGAGGGGCGCAGAAUCUUUUCACUUUGCAUUGCUCACUCGGCCUGGGGUACAGCCCAGACAUGAUCCCACCAACAGGCGGGGUGUUGGCAGGGCCCGCCAAUGGUGGAGGUGAGAAACGGGCGGGGAGAGGGCAGGAUUCGGCUGGGACCCAGGGCUCCUGACUCCCCCUCUGGGAGGUUGGUAGGGAUUCCCUGCUUCUUCCCACUGGCUGAGGACGGCACCCUGGAGGCCCCAAACUUAGAGCCUGUACUCCCGGGCCAAUGGUGUCCUCUUUUCCCUCCCUGCUCCCUCCCUCUGCCUCUCCCUUGCUUCCAACCCUUUCUAUGGAGAAGGCUGCCCCCUGCAGCCUGACCCUGCUGAGUUUGAGCUCCCUCCUUCCACCAAGCACAAGAGUGGGCCCAGGAAAACUGGGUGCCACCCAAGUUUAGAGCUGCAAGGACCCUUCGAGAUGGUAGAGUCGGCCGGGAAGACAGUCACUUGUCCAAAGUUACGCACAGAGUCAGAGGUUGAGGACCUAGGUCUCCUGCUUCUGAGUUAACCCUCAUCCUGCACAGUCAUGGGCCGUCCGCCUGGGUCUGGCUUCUGGUACCUGGGAGUGUGACAGUCGAGGGACUAAUUCCACGGGGACUGGCAUCCGCUCCCCUACUCCAACCUCCCCUGUGAUUUUUGAUCUUCAAAGACUCUUGGGGGUCCCAGGCUUCCCCCAUGUAAACAAGAGCCCCCACUUGUUACCCCUUGAGGGCCCCCCAACCUUGGCCCAAGACCCCUUUGAUUCUCUAAGGAGGAGGAAGGGGGAGCACCCCUCCCAAGAGUUUGUGGGAGGAUGGGCUGGUCCAGCCAUCUCCCAGCGCUGCCCUUUGAUGUGACACUCCCCAUCCCCUGGUGCCCACAGCCCUUGUCUGGGUGUCCCGGCCCUCCCGCAGCGUAACUGCCUGUGUAUAGUAUAAAUAUAUAUAUUUUCUAUAUAUAAGAUGUAUAAUAUAAGGCUCCACAAAUAUAUCUGUGUGUGUGUGCGUGCGUGCAGUGAAUGACGGUCCCCAUCCUGGGCCCCCACUCUGGACUCCCCCACCACCUGGUUAAGUCUCAAGAGUGAAUCCAGUGGCCCCGUGGCACCCUCCGUUAUGACAUCUGUCCAUUUGUGGUGAACCAAGUGAAGGUGGUGACUUCUGGUGACAUAGUAAUAAAGUGAAGACAAACCCACCAGCUGACUGCGGCGUGUCACAAUCUUUUUGUUCUUCCUGAGCGUGGCUUGGGAUCACCCAUUCCCUCUCUCCCCUGACCUGGCACGUACUUUAUUUGUUCUUACUGUUCAAUACAAGUCAGAUCAUUACAGUUGAAACCAGUGCCCCCCAGCUUUACAUAUGCGAUUGCAGGCACACAGGCAUACACACGCGCACACACACACACACACACGCACGUCAUUGUUCCCUAUCCUGAUUCCUUUCCCAAUCUCCAGAGGCACCCAAGCCUCCAUCCAGAUCUACACAUAUGCUUACAGGUCACUAUUUAAAGUUAAUGGCCCUGAGCUGGCACAAUAUUUAUCCAGACACUGAGCCGGGCCCUGGGAGUCCACACUGAGCAGGGUAGACAGCCCUUGUCCCCGCAGACGUAGUCUUCCAGCAGGAGGCAUGGAUGUGAAACCAACAUGCAAACAAAAAUGUAAGUUGUGACAAGUGUGCUGAGAGAAUGUCAGAAGAUGCCGUUUAGACCUGGGCUCAGAUACAGGCCCUCUGAGCAGGUGACCCUUGGCCGGAGCUCACUCCGAUGAGCAGGUGUUCAGUGGCAAGGGGGUGGGCUGCUGGGUGACCUGAAGAGAGGAACUGAAACGCGGAGGUCCCUGGCCCGGCAAGAGCUUGGGAGCGGCGGAAGGCAGGCGAGGCGGACACACGGGGGAGAGGAGGAGGAGGGACAGGCCACAGGGUACUCAGGGGUCCCACCGCGGAGGGCCUCCAGGCUUCCGUAGGAGGUCUGGUUCCUGCUGAGCGAUGUGGAACCCACUGACGGGCGGAUGACCAUCCCAGUGUGUGUUUGAAAAAGACCAGCCCUGUGGUCGGAUGCCAGCCAAGAGGUUGCUGCCCGGCGUUCAGACUGGAAGGUCACCAUGGACAAGGGGAGAAUAGAGGACAUCUAGAAAUAUUUGAGGAAAGAGCAGAUCGGAGGCCUGAGGGCUGCCGCUGUUUGCAAUCACAAGAGCUUGACUACCCCAGGAAGGCUGCCUCACCUGUAACAACCCUUCCCUGCCAGGCAUCAAGAAGACUAAUGGAAUUGUGAACCAACCAGACGGCAGAGCGCGUGUGCGGAGUCACUGUUAACAAGACUUAUAACAUCAUCAUUAUUAUUACUUAAUAGUCACGCCGCCCUCCAUUUGCAUUUUCUGUUUUUGUCAUUAUUAUUCACCUAUUUCCUCCACUCUGGAGUUACCAAAAUACUUUUCACAUACCUUACCUAACAAAGGACUUCAAAACUUAAAAUCUGAAUCCAAAGGACUCGGAUCUGCCGGGGGAGUGGGGUUUGGGGAGGGGUGACUACUCAGAAGAAUGAUCCUUGGCUGGAAAAGAUGGCUCCCAGUUUGGGAUGAGGAGGACAUCACAGUGGUCAUCUCUGAUUCAAAGAUAACCAGUCCUCCAUGCUGUGAUGUGGGUUUUAAAACGUGAUAACAGGGGGCCCCUGGGUAGCUCAGUCGUUAAGCAUCUGCCUUCGGCUCAGGUCAUGAUCCCAGGGUCCUGGGAUCGAGCCCCACAUCGGGCUCCCUGCUCUGUGGGAAGCCUGCUUCUCCCUCUUCCACUCCGCCUGCUUGUGUUCCCUCUCUCGCGUGUCUCUCUCUGUCAAAUAAAUAAAUAAAAUCUUAAAAAAAAAAAAAACCAAAA